AUGAACGGCAAGCACAAUUCUCUUGAACACGACAUAGUUAUUAUGCUCAUAUUUUUCAUAGGUCUUCACACCUAUGGAGAUGACUCGCAAAGCGACUCGGAGGAGAUGGUCGCUUCAUCCUCGAAGACCAGUGUGGGAAUAUAUCUAAAUAAUGAUAAGGCGCUGAAAAGUGUAUCAAACUCAUUCUCAGAUGCCAACCCAGCCCGCCUGCUACCAAAGUCUCAAGUAAUCAUUCGUCGGCCAGCGCAGCAGAGAGGUCACCCCCGUGCUCAUGUAUCAGAUGAAAUCGUAGGCGGUUCAGAAAGCCUUCGGGCUUUCAGUCCAGCGUCCGUGCCCGAUGCGUUUCCGAACACGGAACACGUUGAGACUAGAUCUCCGGAGGAGGCUGAUGAAAUCUCUCACCUCCGACAACUAUUAAGACCACUACCAAUUCCGGGUUUCACAGACUGGGGCAUUUCGCCAGCGUCUUUGUCUCCCCAUGACCCGACGAUUCAGGCUAAACUUGCACAGUUUCAUACUUUAAAGCAAGAUUCUGAACAUCCCAAGCAUUUUAACGAUUCACUUAUGUCCAACCGAUCCUUCCGCAAUCCCCAUCUAUAUGCUAAGCUGGUAGAAUUUGUGGAUGUCGAUGAGCGUACGACGAAUUUUCCAAAGGAUAUGUGGGAUCCAGAUGAUAUGCGCCCUGAAUGGUUUGCGGACAACAUCGGUACGUAA